AUGGCGGCACUCCCAUCACUGGCCGCUGGCGAAAAUAUGCUCAUAUCAAACUCACUCAACUCGUGCCAAACAAACUCCAAGUUUGAAGCCAGUCUUUUCAACGUCGUAUAUACACCGUCGAAUAACUCCGCAACCAUUGAUGUUGUCGCUACCUCCUCCGUGCAAGCAAAAGUCUCGUUCCACGUCGUUGUUUUAGUCUAUGGUUUGAAAAUCAUCGAAUCCGACUUUAAUCCAUGCGGGAAGAAGGGGCUGGAAGGCAUUUGCCCCAUGGUGGCUGGCAAGACUAAAUUUACCUGGACUAUUCCCGUUCCCGCCGAAAGCACCAAGGACGUCCCGGGCAUCGCCUUUGGAAUUCCCGAUUUGGACGCCAUGGUGCGUGUAAAAAUGAACCUGAUCGAUACCAAAGAUCAAAUCGCAUGCGUCGAGGCGAGGAUCUCAAACGGGAAAACCGUGGAUCUCAAGGGCGUCAAGUGGGCGACGGCCAUCAUCGCCGGCCUAGCCCUCUUGUCGUCCGCGGCAGUGAGCGGACUAGGCCAUCUCAACACUGCUGCCCACGUUGCUGCCAAUUCGCUCUCCUUGUUCGGAUACUUUCAGGCUCAGGCCAUUGUUGGGCUGACUGGCCUCCGACUGCCCCCCAUUGUGCAGGCAUGGACUCAAAACUUCCAGUGGUCCAUGGGAAUCAUCCACCUUAAUUGGAUGCAGAAGAUAUUUACGUGGUACCAGCGUGCUACCGGUGGGACGCCUUCGAGCUUGUUUUCCACCCUAAAGACCAUCUCUGUUCAGGUUGAGAAGCGCGGUCUCGACCUGGCGGAGGCCGCCGAGUCACUCGGCAAACGUGGUCUCUCCAUGCUUCCUGAGAGCGUGUCCAGUACGGCGGCGCUCAUCUUGAAGCGUGCAGGAAACAUCACCAAUGACUCGGGAUCCUACCUAGUCUUUGGCAUCCAACGUGUGGCCUUCCGCGCCAAAAUCGAAUCGACAAAUCUCUUCCUCACGGGUCUAGUCUGGUUCUCCUUGUUCGUCAUCAUCACCGCCAUGGGUGUUGUCGCAUUCAAAGGACUUCUCGAAUUGUGUGCCUCGCAGGGCCUCGUCUCAAAGGACAAGUUUCUGGAGUUCCGGAACGGCUGGCGUGUUAUUCUCAAAGGCAUCAUGUUCCGCGUGUGCCUCAUUGGUUAUCCGCAGAUUGCCAUUCUUUGCCUGUGGGAAUUGACGCAGAUUGAUUCGCCGGCAUUGGCAAUUCUAGCCGUGGUUUUCUUUGCCGCCGUUUCUAUUAUUCUCGGUUGGGGUUCCAGUAAAGUCAUCCGAAUUGCCCGUCGGUCGAUUCUCAUGCACAGAAACCCGGCGUAUAUCCUCUUCUCCGAUCCGCAAGCCUUGAAUAAAUGGGGAUUUCUAUAUAUCCAGUUCCGUGCAUCGGCCUAUUACUUUGUUGUCCCUGUCCUAGGGUAUAUCCUAAUCAAGGCCAUGUUUGUCGCCUUUGGGCAAAAGGCUGGCCUUGCCCAGGCAAUCGGCUUCCUCAUCCUUGAACUAGCAGCUCUUAUUGCCUGUUCUGUCCUGCGUCCCUGGAUGGACAAGUCGACGAAUUCGUUUAAUAUUGCUAUCUAUUCUGUGAAUUUUAUCAAUGCUAUUUGUCUGUUGGUAUUUUCUGACGUGUUUGGGGCACCAGGUAUUGUUAUUGGUGCUGUGGGCGUGGUAUUUUUUGUUCUUAAUGCUGCGUUUUCCCUAAUUCUGCUGCUCAUGGUUAUCAUUUCAACAAGUUUUACCUUUUUCCGAAAGAAUCCAGACGCGCGCUACCAGUACAUGGCUGACGAUCGCGCUUCGUUUAUGCGAUCACAGACUCAUCUCACAACCACCACCGAGCUGGACGCAUUAGCUGCUACUGCGCGCGGUGACAAGGGAGGAUACAAGUCGCAGCUGGACUUGGAGGAUGACGGGCAUCUUCAUCCGAUGGAUGCCAGCAACCGAUUUGCUAGACCGUCCUCGCCGGUAAAUCCGUCAAUGCCGCUGUUCCCGUCGAACAGAGAACAAAGUCCAUUCAGAUCUCCAUCUCCUGCAUCCAGCGUGGGGUCGUACGGGGGCGCACCCCCGUCCUACCGGCGGGUAAAUAAUUCAAGUCCAUGGAAACGUGGAGCAGGAUAUGAGUAG